GCGUGUUUAUUUUUUUGAGUCUCAUGAUGUAGGAAGUUCGGGUUUAUUAUGAGCGAAAUUCAGCAUUUGGUAUUGGAGAAGUUAUAUUUUGAGCUUUUCAGCUCAAGUUUGGCUCUGCAUGUUUUGGCUUCUCUUCUUAAUUUUGUAGGUUUUAAUGGUUGUUUCUUGAGAAAAUUUUAUGCAUGUUGUUUUGUGGUUAGUUUUGAAGUUAGUGUCCUCAUCUGUCAUUCUCAAUGGUCUCUUUCUGCUCAUGUAUUUCUUACGGAAUUCACUCUAUUUGAACACACUGAAUUCAAUUCUCUUUUCUCAUGUUUUUCUAUCGGAAUUAACUCAUGCUUAGACAUGCUGGCGCAUUAUGGGUUUGAAUUAGUAUUCAUCAUCAACUAAUUAACUCCUGGGCAUGCAAAUUAAGGGAACUUUUUCUUUGUUCAUUAACUCUAUUAAGUUUGAGAUUUUCUUAUAAAAAUUUUUAAAUUUUUAUAAUGUUGAAUUAUCCAAUAGAAACACAGUUGAGAAUUUUAUAGCAAAUUAGCAGAUAAAAGAAGUUGCUAUAAAAUUAAAAAUGUGAGUUGGAUAAUAUUGGUUCAAUGAAUAAUGACCGAUAUGCCAUCCACUGUGAAACCAACUAAACACAUUCAAUGUCCUCAGCUAUCUGUUCAUGGAGGCUUGUUAAUGCAAGAUAAUUAUAUCAAUCCUUUAGGAUCUAAUAUUUCUUUAUAUUUUGAGAUUUUUAAAAACUUUUUCUUUUUGCAGGUAUCCUAAUUAUUCACUCUUACAGUAGCUUUUAUUUGAUCUUGUUCAAUUGGCAAUGCCACGAUUAAAAUAGGAGCUUGCAAAAUAUGUUGAAGCAAGUACUUGACAAGGUUUUGAACAAAGGACCUUUUGCAAAUGGAGGAGACAAGCUUAGACCUUGCUUUUAUGUGCCCAUCAGAGGCUUCCACAGUGGACAGGUUUAUUGUGCACCUAGAAGCUUCUUUGGGGUGGAAGAUUUCCUUGAUGACGACAACAGUAGGCCGUAUACUUACCAGAAAGAAAAGAAGUCAAAAAAUCCCAACAAGCAUAUGUCAUUUAAGCAACGGACCAAAGCAUACAUGGAGCCAUUUACGCUUGAUGUGUUUAUCUCAAAGCGCUUUGUUUCAGCAUCACUCACCCACAGGGUAACAAGUAAGCAGGUUGCAGUUGCCGGUACUAACUCUAAAGACAUUAAAGCUGCGCUCAGGUCCCGUUCAGACAUACCAGCAUGUUUGGCCAUUGGCCGCAUUUUAGCUGAGAGGGCAAGAGAAGCUGAUGUGUAUACUGCUUCUUACACUCCAAGGGAGAGGGACAAAUUUGAAGGGAAGAUCAGAGCUGUGGUUCAGUCUCUUAUUGAUAAUGGAAUUGACGUUAAAGUUUAUCUUGAUUGAGUUUCAUCAGUUCUCAUACUUGGUCUUAUUUGACCAUCAUAAAAUAGUUUUUGUAAAUUUAUUUUAUGUUUGUACAAUUGCCAUAAUUUUGAGAAUCUAUUUUAAAUAUUUUGAUAUUGAAUGGUAUCAAACUUUAA